AUGAAUGUCCAUGAAGGAUUCAUAAAACUCUGCUUUAAAAUCAUGUGUGUGACUUCCGAAGAUACGAUUCUCGCAAUUAAGAAACGAAUUGCUCAGAAAAAGAAAACCCUGUCGGUGGAACGUCAGUCGUUACGUUUGGAUGUGAAAGGUAAAGGCUUGAAGGAUGAUCAGCACAUUGGCGAGUUGAAUCUUCCAUCGGAAGGCGCACAGCUGUUCGUGAAGGAUCUCGGCCCUCAAGUUGCUUGGAAAACGGUUUUCUUAGCAGAAUAUGCGGGCCCAUUGUUCAUCUAUCCGAUGUUCUACUUUAGACCGUCGAUCAUUUAUGGAGAGAAAUCGUCAAUGCCGAUCGCAUUCCCUGUUACAUUGGCAGUGAUGUGUUGGUCAGUACAUUACGCGAAACGAUUGUAUGAGACGCAGUUCGUGCAUCGAUUCAGUAACGCUACAAUGCCGAGAUUCAAUCUGUUUAAGAAUUGCUGUUAUUAUUGGGGAUUCUGUGCGUACGUGAGCUAUUUCAUCAAUCAUCCACUUUAUACACCUGCAUCGUUUGGCACUGUUCAGAUUUUGUCUGGUUUGAUUGGAUUUGUGGUAUGUGAAAUGGGUAUGUUGUUCGAAAUAUUGUUGUUGUUGGUGGUGAUGAUUUUGAAAUUGAAUCUGAAAAGUCGAUUUGGAAAUAGCGAUUGA